AAUCCCGAGACUGGUUUGCUUUGGGUCUGGCCAUGUCGACUGCACGACUGGACCGUCGGUGGAAUAGAGGGCAUGUUCCAAUGUUGGCGUUGGGAUGAUGUAAAUAUUUCACAAUGGCAUUCCUCUUCUGCUAACGUUUUUUGAUGUGUUCAGGUCUGUCCCGGCAUUCCAGUCCCACCAACCCAGGAGGCGGGGGGUGUGUGUGUGGUGGGGAGGGGGGGGGGGGGGGAGAGCAGCAGCUUCCAAGAAAAAGUGCCUCACGGAAAAAAAAAGAAGAAAAGAGAAGUCGGUGGUGGAUUAGUGUCGAAUUUUAAGUCACCAUGAACUGGUCGUCGUUUGUCGUUACUUUUGUGCUGGUGUUGGGCUGUGCUGGAUUGCGGACUGUAGCGUCUGAGUCUGAAAUAAAGAAGGUUGAGGAGCAGGACGUCAUUUUACCAUGUCGACAUCGCUUCGAUCACUCGGUUUCAGGAAACUUGGAUAUCGAGUGGCUUUUGCAAGACUCUGAGCCCGGUCAGAAAGUGGUUAUCACAUAUUCAGGAAGAACAGUGUACAACAAUGUGAGCGAUAAGCAGAAAGGAAGGGUCUCCUUUGCAGCAGAUUAUCUAACGGGAGAUGCUUCUAUAAAAAUAACAUCCCUACAGUCAACAGAUUCUGGACUCUAUACAUGUAAAGUGAAAAAUGAGGGCGUCUAUGACCUGAAAUCUCCUAUUAAUCUGAUCGUUUUAGUGAAACCUUCCAAACCUAAGUGUCGAAUCCAAGGAAAAUUACUGCAAGGGAAUGACAUCAAGCUUCAGUGUAAAUCAGAGAAAGGCACUAACCCCAUCCAGUACAGGUGGGAAUGGGUUUCAGAUGCCAAUGGUCACCAAGCCAAAUUUCCAUCUAGUUCACACAUAGAUUCAAGUAUCCCAGAAGUGCUGAUGAUGAAGAACCUGAGCCAAGAGAGCACUGGCCUGUACCGGUGUAUUGCAUUCAACGAGGCAGGAGAAGACAGUUGUCAUAUCCGUGUAACAAUUAUGCAAGUGAAAGAUUCCGGAGUUGUCGCUGGUGCUAUUAUUGGAGUAAUAGUCGGCCUAUUAUUAAUCUUUUUUAUCGUAUGGUUCAUGCUACAGACCAAGAAAAAGCACAAGCACGAGGAAGUAGAAAUACCAAAUGAGAUUAGGGAAGACGCUGAAGCACCGAAGGUGAAGCUGGUUAACACACACUCCUCAUCGGGAACAGGAAGCACUCUAUCUGGCUCCUGUUCGGUCAAGUCCAUCAGAAACGACAGCACAUACUACCAGCAGCCUCGAACAGUAACACUAAGCGCUGACGAGGUCAGGCCGCACAUUGCCUAUGCACAAGUGCCAGCAAAAGAGGCUACAUCUAACCAGAAUGGACCAAGCCACGCAAACAUAAAGAGAAUGGGAGCGGUGCCAGUUAUGAUACCAGCCCAAACCAGGGCAUUCCAGACUGUGUGAGCACGGCUUGCUUCUAAAGGGGAGAUCUUUAAGGGAAUUUCAGCAAGUAAUAAUUAUUGUUCACCUACAAAUUAUCCAAUCACUACACUUUACAGUAAAAUUCUGUGAAAUCUUAAGAGACGUUUCGAAGGCAUUAUGAGGAGCUGUUAUCAAAGGUAUUAUUAUAAUUUUAAGGUUGGACAAUCUUCCUUUUCCUGAUUCUGCCAUGAGCAAAUGAUGUCAAGUAAACAGGAUGAAAUUGUCUGUAAGCAGACGCAGUAUGUUGGUUUGAAGAACUUCCACAAAAACAGGUACCCAUUAUUUGGAGCUUCAUUUUCUUUCUAACUUUAUUUGUUAAACUUUUAAACAAUAUUCCAAUAUUGGUUGAGAACAAUUGAGAAAUACUACAACACAGCUCAGAGUUGGGAGAUGUCAUUGGAAGAAAAAUGGAAGCAGAGAGACAAUCUUUUGUAUUCUGGAGGAGGGACAUUUUGUAAAUGUUUUCAUACAAAUAGCACUGGUUUAAUUUUUGCAAAAUGUGGAGUGAAUUCCUAAUGUGUGAAGAAUGCCAUUCUGUUACCCCUAUGGCAGCCACUCUGAUCUAUUCAAGUUUGCUUCCAAGUGUAUUUUUGUCCAAGCUGCUGAACAAAUUAUUUUACAUAAAAAUGCAUGAAAUGAUAAGAGCCAUUUCCCUGUGUUUCCCCAACACUCAUUGAUUUGAAGGACACAUUUUUCUUCUUUAAAUCAAUGUAAUUUCUUUGCUGUGAAUGUCUCAUAUUCACCUUUGAAUAUGUUGUCGCCAUAUGUGUAUAUACACACACUAUAUAGAUAAAUAUUAAUUUGUCACAUAAUCUUACCACGUUCUACAAAUGGCUUGCAAUAUCAUCACAAAGUAUACUUCCUUGUUUUCCUCUAUACACAACACAGCAGAGUGGGUAUACAUUGAUAACACAGAAAUGAGAAUAUGAGUUUGGUUAGACUGACACAUGUGGAAACCGAUCACCAUAUUUAAGAGUAUCCAAACCAAACUACUGAGGUCCACGUCUGCAGAAAAUUUCACUUGUCUGAAUCGGAAUAUGCUCUCUUGCCCAGAGGAAUGCAUCCUGCUUGCCGUAUUCCAGAAAGAGCCAAAGGGAUCUAAACUCAACUGAUUUAGCAAUAUAGCCCAGCAUCUUGUUUGCCUCGUUUAUUGCUGCCUCAGAUAGUGAGCGACACAUCAACUCAGACCCAUAGAUCGAUUUCAACUUCUAUCCCAUCCAUGGAGUACUUGGGACAUCCUCCUGACGUGAAAGGGGUUUUACAAAUGUAAUUUUGUAUUGUACUGGUGUUUUCUAAAGUUUUGACCAACGUGUGGAAAUAAAAAAGGAUGUGCAGAAAGGGAAGAAACAGAGCCUUAACUAAAUGACAAGUAGAAUCACUGCGAGAGUUUAAAGGGAAAAACAAUCGGUAGUUAUUGCACUCUGUGCUAAUGUGCUGUUCUUUUCAUUAGAUGUAAUCUUUUUAUGAAGUUGCCUUCUGCUCUAAAAUGCUUGAAGUCAGUAAUAUUGAAAGCACUUAUGUCCUCAAAAGAUCAUCUGUGAAUUGCCAAACACACAUUUGAAUACAUAUGACUUGAGCAAAAAUGACACUGGUUUAGUACAAUAAUAAUGUAAAAAAAGUGUCUCAUUUCAAGUGCAAAUGUAUAUUUUUGUAAUUCAGUGUGUUCUGGGUUGAACCUUGUAACAAUUCUCCAGUAAAAUAAUAAUUUUAAUUUA